AUGAUGAUGAUUAAGGCUCCUUCCCUUUGUGCGCCAUCACCAUUGUUUUUUAAGGCGCUUCUUGUUGCGGUGGCUGCAAGUUUGUGUUGUUGUUGUAUUCUUCUUCUUCAGACUUGUAUGGUUGAGGCUAUUCCGAAUUACUUGUCUACGAAGAAAGCAAUUGUAAAUCCUGUUGAUUUUAAAACAGCCUCACCACUUCCUUAUAACUUGGUAUCAAUAACACCCACCGAAAUAUGUAUUAUGGAGGGUGGAGACGUUGUUUUCCGUGAUGGAACAAUUUUAAGAAGAUAUUUCGAGGCAAAUAAGACUGUGAGUAUUUACUUGGGUAAGGGAACAUCAUCAAGUGAUGGAGUUGAUACUACACAAGUUUCGGCCACGGUCAAGUAUCUUACAACAUCCUUAACAGGAGAAUGUACCUAUGUUGAUUCCUCGUUUAAAUUGAGAGUAAUUUCCAAGGUUGAUAAUAGAGUGAGAACAGUUGCUUCUUUUCAAUUCUCAGUAGUUAGCUUUACCUACGAUGAAAUGGGUAACGUGUACACUAUUGAAGUCAACAAGAUUAGAAAGCUGAAUACAACAGGAAGUAUUGUUACAAUUGCAGGAUCUAAUGCUGUAUCAACGACCAUACCUGUUGAUGGAUCCAUUGCGAGUUCAACCGACAUUAAGACACCAACUUCCAUUCUUGCAAGCAAUGGUACCGUUUAUUUUACUAUUUCUAUUAAUAAUAUAUAUGUAAUUAUGAAGAUUGAGAAUGGUAGAUUUUACAAGGUAUCUGGUUUGAAAGACAGUUGCACGUUUAACGUAACUUAUGACGGGUUUGCCACAAACGCAUGUCUUAAUUCUCCCAAGUUGAUGGCUGUUAUUGAUAGUGAAAUUUAUUUCAGUGAUGAUACCAUUAUUAGAAAGAUUUCAAAAGAUGGAAGAAUUGUGUUAUUGUUUGGAGUUGGAGAGUCUCUCGAUUUUACAAGAACUGACCAAACUUUGCAAAAUGUUUCAUUACCUUCUAUUAAGGGAAUGAAAAUCGUUCCAAAGGAGAAUUACUUUACUUAUUACAUUUCAUUCAGUGGGAAUAUUGUAAAGGCCAAUCAGGAUUCAAAAAUCAAAACUAUUGUUGGAAAAUUAGCAAUUGAUUUUUCGUAUUCGACUUACUCAUACGGUUUUCAGUUUGUAUUAGGACUGAAACCAAUCAAAACAUAUAGAAAUGGAGACAUUAUCCUAUUUUCAACUGAUAAAAAAUCAAUAUUCAGAUUGUCUGAAAGGACUGGACUUUUGAAUCCCUUAAUAACUUUUGAAAUGCCAAUUUCUGAAGUAGUUACUGAUAAAAAAACAUGGGAGGAUUUAUAUAUUGUUAAUUCUGUAGCAGACGCUAAUGGUAAUGCUAAUUGCUUUAUUAACAAGUUUAAUAUUUACACAAAAUCUUUAAAACUAAUUGCGGGCAAUAUUUCAGGAACAAAUGGCUAUCAAUAUGAUGGGCAAUCUUCAUUGGAUAUCUCUAUUAUCAAUUUAAUGUAUAUUCAGUAUUUGAACAACUCUAUCUAUUACAGUGACAAUAAGUUUAGAAUUAUACAAGUUAGUUUAUCUGAUCUGACAAUUAAAUGUGUCCUGGGUGUUGGGUAUAGUCAAGGAAUGAGUCUUUCUGGUUUGAAUUCAGAUGCAAUGAAUGUUGAAUUCGACUCAUUACAUCAAAUCACAUCAAAUCCUAAAAAUGGAAAUUUGAUAUUAAGAACCAAAUAUUUGAUUUCUUAUAUUGACAAUCAAAACAAGGUUAGACCACUCGUUGGAAAAAAAGAAGAUAGCCCUGAUUUUACUGAUUUUCCUGCGCCUGCAGACGAUAUUGUCACUGGAUUAGAAGAUCAACCUAUGGGAUUUCAUCCAAUCUCAAACAACCUUUUUUUUGUUUACAAAAACUAUUUACUUGAAUAUGUUAAUUCAACAUUUGUUAGAAAAGUUUUAAAUACAACAAACACUAUAGAUGAUAUCACUUUCAGAAAAUCCACUGGUCAUAUUUAUUACUCUAGUGGUUAUUCCAUAUUUGAUUACGACCCACAAACAGAUAGUAACUUGAAAGUAUUGACAGAGAGUGGAACCAUGUAUCUAUGUAUGAUGAGUGAUGACACCACAAUAGCAUAUUCAGUUAAGGAUUCCUACAGACUUACAAAAUAUAAUCUAGUCACCAGGCUAACAACUAGCAUAAGUUUAUCAUUAAUACCCCCUCCUGGGACCUUUACAUAUACAUUCUUGGUGCAAGCUAUUUUAUGCACUGAAAAUAAUGAAAUAUUAGUAGCCUUUGAAAGAAAGGGAGGUGUUAGUACAGCAUAUGGUAUUUUACAAGUCAGUUCUUCAAAUAUAUUCAAACCAAUCUAUGAAAUGCCGUUUAAGCCAUUAUCAAUAACCUUACGAAAUGGAACGUUAAUAAUAUCAAGUAAUCAAGGAGUUUACAAAACAAACACAACUCUAAUUGCAGGUAAGGCAAAGAAAAUUCCAAUAGAAAAUCAUCCUAUCAGUACUAAUGGUUGGACAAUUGAUUCAAAUGGAGAUAUUUACUUUGUAAAACUGUCUAACCGAAAUUUAAUUAAGAAGGCAGUUCGUGCAGAUGGCUUUGUUAUUGACGUCAUUGGAAAUGGAACUGUUGACAGUGAAACUGCUUUUACUACUUCAUCAAACUCUCAUCUUUCAGACUUUGUUGGUGGGAGUUAUUACGGUGAGGUUGUACCAUAUUUUUGGUAUUCGCCAAGCGAGGACAAGUAUUUUACAAAUUCAAAUUUAAAAUCCUUUUCUAUUGGAACUUCCAGUUUUACUAAGGAUGAAGAUAUACUUUUUUCAAAUUCUAAUGGUAUUUAUAUUUACAAUGUUGUGUGUGAAAGAGACAGAUAUGGGUAUUGUUUACAAAAUUUUACAUGUUUUGGUAUUUUUUACAAUAAUGAUGCUUCAUGCUCUGGUAGAGGUGAUUGUACAUUGAAUGAUUUUUGUGAAUGUUAUGAUAAUUAUUAUGCUGAAGAUUGCUCUCUUACUACUUGUUUUGGAAUAAUGUCAAAUCAGUCUAAUGUUUGUAAUGGACACGGAGAAUGUGUUGAUUUUAAUAGUUGUAAAUGUAAAGAUAAUCACUAUGGUGAAGAUUGCAGUGUGAUUAGCUGUUUUGAUUUCCCUUCUACUGACGCUAAUGUUUGUAAUGGAAAUGGAACAUGUGUUGGCAAGGAUUUAUGUGAUUGCAAUCAAAAUUACUUUGGUGUGAAUUGUAAUGAAACAGCAGGUAAUAAUCAAAAUUUGAAUGUUUCAAAUUUUGGUAACGAUACAUCAAUUUCUAAUAAUUCAUCAGCCAAUAAUUACACCAGUUUUGAUAAUUCUACCAAUAGCAAUUUAACAAUUUUCAAUAAUUCAUCACUAGAUUUGAAUAAUUCAACAAACCAAAAUAGUUCCAUAUUAAGUAAUACCACAAAUGUUGACAAUUCUUCUAACUUUACCAAUUUAAGCAAUAACACAGCAUUUAAUUCAACUUCCAAUUGUACCAUUGGUGUUUAUUGUAAUAAUACUAUUGGUAGUAGCAAUGGAACAGUUAGUAACAAUAGAUCGGUUGACAAUUCUACAUUUACAAAUACAACUAAUUUUAAUAAUUCAUAUAAUAAUGCCACAACAGGCAUUGAUAAUAAUUCAACAAGCAUUUCUAAUACUACUGUGGAUGCAAGUAAUUCAACUACUGUUUGGAAUAACACUAUUAAUAAUGUCACAAAUUCAAAUGUUAAUGGUACAAAUCUUAACAAUACAAUGUCAACUAAUUCAACUGUUUACAAUAAUAAUAACACUAUUGCUAAUUCAACAGUUUUCAAUAGUACAAUUUCUAACAAUUCAACUUUAAACAAAAACUCGACUAGUUCGGUCAACAGUACAAUUAAUAAUUCCACGAGUAGUAAUGUAAAUAAUAGCACUACUAGUACAACUAACUCAACUAGUACUAUUUCCACAUCUCCACCAAUCAGUUUUUGUUUUGGGCAUGAAGCAAAUGAUUCCAGAGUUUGUAGUGGACAUGGAAAUUGUUUUUCAAAUGAUUCGUGUCAGUGUAAUUCUCUUUAUGAAGGGGUAAGUUGUGAAAAUAAGAAAGUUUCUUGUUUUGGCAUAUUGCAAUCCAAUGCUAUCGUUUGUUCCGGACAUGGCUCUUGUUUGAGUGAAGAUUAUUGUCAAUGUGAGUCUGGUUAUUUUGGAAGUAGAUGUUUUUUAUCUGUUUCAUCUCAACCAAAAUUCAACUCUUUGGGGAAUACUUUGGAAUUUCAUUUUAACACUUCUAUUGUCAUAUCCAAUGGAGUUUUAGAGUGUAGCAAGGUAGUGAAUGAGAAAAGUUUUUCUCAAUUGGGUAAAAAUCCAUCUUGUUAUUGGAAAGACGGAAAUUUCUUUAUUGAACUUGGAGGUCAAUAUUCUAUAAUUCCAUAUUCUAAUAUUUCUUUAAUUAUUAAUGGUUUGGACAUUAUUUACACCCCAAUUCCAAGAUAUAUCUCACUGUUACUGCUUCCCUCCAACAACCCUGUGAAACCAAUAAUCAAUAUUUCAUUUAAGAAUACAAUUAGUCCAUGUGAACAAAUUGCAAUUGAUGCUUCUGGAUCAUAUUGUGGUGAUUUGAAACCUGUGAAAUUUAUUUGGUCUAUUGAAUCAUCUCCUGAUUCAAAUUUCAACUUGCAACAGGUUUCUUUUGGUGAUUUCAAUUCAACUUUGACCUCAAAUAGUAUUUCGAUUUCAGGAAGCUAUGUCUUUGGCUUGAUUGCUGAAAGUUCUCUCAGUGGCGCAAGGAGUGAAAAGAAAUUUAUUGAAAUUAUCAAAUCAAUUGUUCCAAAUCCUACUCUUUCAUUGCUUACAAACAAAAUGUCACUCACCAAUAUUGAAAAGGGUUCGCUCCCAAUAAUUGUUAAGAAAUCUAUUGAAUUACCUUCAUGUUAUUUUGAUAACAGGGAAUUUGACUAUAUUUGGGAGAAACUCUCAGGUCCAUCCACUAUUAAUUAUCAAAUAGAUUCAAAUAAUGAUUUGGUUAUUACAGAAAUAUUAUCAAAUGGGGAUGAAUCUUAUUCAUUUGGUGUAAAAGCAAUUUCAAAAUUCAAUCCAAAUUCGAACGCAACACUUUUAAUUCCACUUUCAAGCAAAUCAAGAGAUUUAUUACUAAAUAUUUAUGUUUCUAGUUUGAAUACCAAUCAAGCUGAUGUGAUAGUUGAGAAUUCAGAUCCUGAUAAUAUAGAUUCAGUUUCAGAUUCAUGGAAUUGGUCAUGUUUUGAUAGAGUUUCAAAUCAAGCAUGUCAAGAUUCAACAAUUUCCAAUAUUUUAACACAUUAUGCCAUUACCAAAUCAUCGACAUGUCAAAUUCCUAAAGGAAGUCUUUCAAAAGUUUCUCUGACAUUGAGCAUUCAGAAAGGACUACGUUCCAUUUCUAAAUCUCUUGACAUUGAUUAUCCAAACACUGAAUUGUUAAUUCCACCAGUGAUAAGUUUAAUUUCUGUUUAUCCAAACAGAUUCAAAGUUCUCAAAGAUGAAGUAUUGAGUUUACAAUUAUCAGUUAUUUUGGGAGGAGAUGAAAAACAAACUGAUGAAGAGGAUAUGAUCAGAGAGUGGUCAAUUAAUGGUAAUUCAUUGACUAAUUCAAUGAUCUCUAAAAUGUCUACUCAACCAUCUAAAUCUUCAUCAUUAAUUCUGUCGCUUCUUGAGUUACUGGAAGAUGGAGAGUAUGAAAUUGAAUUCCAAGUUUCAGACAGGAGAAAUAAUCUUUCAUCAAGAUUCUCGUACAAAUUCAAAAUUGUCAAAUCACCAAAAUCAUGUUUGUGUUAUAUUAAUCCAUCAUAUGGUUAUGCAUUGGAAACUGAAUUCUCGUUCUCAUGUCCUGGAUGCCAAAAUGCUGAACAAUCAAUUGAUUUUGUAUUUGGGUUCAUUGAUGACAAGUCAGGAACUAAAAUUCCACUUUACAAUUUGGGUGAGAAGUUUGCUUCCUAUCUUCCUUCUCCAUUUAGUUCAAAUGUUAUGGAUACAUUUGUGGAUAUUGUUGAUUUGGAUACUGGUGCAUCAGUUGAGUUUAUCAAAUCAGUGGAAGUUAAAACACCCACUGCCUCUUCAAUGUUACAAAUCAAAAACAAAGUGAAAGUUUGGCAAUUAAAGGCUGCAUCUCUUCUGCCAAGUGAUAGUGCCAAGUUGGUUUUCAAUUCUGCAACUAUUUCAAGAACAUCAGAGUUAAUGAUUUCCAAUUUGAUAACAUCAAGAAAAUUGGCUGAAAACGAAGCGGGUAUUGCUUAUGAAUUGAGAGAUGAAAUGCUUGACAGUAUGAUACUUGGAUUAAAUCAGAGAAAUCCUCUAGAAUUGAUUUCAGACAUUCACUUUAGAGUUUAUUCUUUUGGGUUGGAAUCUUUGGCUUCAAAUUGUGAUUCAAUUAAUUCACUUCCAUUCGAAAAGUUAUUCAACUUGACUGAAAAAUUGAUGGUAAUGGCUGCCAAAAACACGAAAUUCAGAGUUGCUGAGGGUGUAGAAAAGUUAUGUAGCAGCUUAUUUAACAAUAUUAUUAGAUUAACUGGUGACAGUAAACUGCAAGACACGUAUAGAGUGUUAGAUUCAAUUAAGAUAUUCAGCAAUGUGUUGAUGAGAAGUUAUUACGUAGGUCAGAAAGAUUAUAGUGUAAACCUUUCUCAUUAUUCAACUGUUUCUCUGUUGAGUUAUAAGAAUCAACAAGUGAAGAAAUUAAUGACAUCUGAUGGUGGAAAUAGCUCACUUGUAUUUGAUGCUAUUGAUACAAGUGUUUCUAAUAGACUUGUUUUGGAAGCAUCAUUCUUCUCAGUUACUGACCAUUUGGGAGUUUAUUAUUCUUUGAAACAAGUAUCAAAUGUUCAAACAAUCAAAAUUUCAGAUUUGGAAGAAAUUGAGACUAAAACAACUUUCAAGUCACUCAGUAAGAUUGUUUCUGUUGAAAAGAAGUUUACUGCAGAUAUUACAUUCUCAUUCAAUCUUGGAAAUGAGUAUAACUUUUCAAAUAUCAAUGUGAAAAAUACUUUUGAAAGUACAAGCGACAAUAUUGAACAAAGAACAAGUGUCUUUUCAACUAUUGAAUGUGUUCUAAUUGACAAUAUCAUCUCUCUUACGUCCAAUCACACUUGUUCCACGACAAUAUCAGCACCAGUAAUUUACUGUAAUUGUUCGAAAUCUGUCACUUCACUCAUAGUUGUUGAAAAGACAAUUUCCAACUCAACCAUAACACAACUAGAACAUGAAACAAGUAUUUCACCAAGAACGAGUUCAAAUCUGGCAUUGUAUGGUCUGUUUGGAUUAUUUGGAUUAUUAGUUGUCUGCUGUUGUGGAAUCAUGAUUGUUAUUAUUUCAAUUUUAAUUGUCAGAUGUUUAAGAAGGAAGAAACGAACAUUUGAAAAAUCAAAACCACAAGAUGUAGAACUGAUGACCGUCUAA